ACCUCAGUGUUCCAGGACUACUACGACUGUAUACGAGAACUAAGACAAUCUGACACAUCCUCACUGAGUCAAGCGACGAACGGCCAGACUGAAUAGCAAACGCUCAACGAUCGAUCACCCACACAAACAACAACCAUCACCACCAUCACCACAACACCUCCUAUUUGCGGUGUUACAGCCCGUCUCAAAAUGUCCUCUACAGCCGAGGAGUCCCCGGCUCAGCGAGCUGCUCGCCUGCGCCGUGAGCGUCGCGAAGCCAAGAUCAAGGAAGGAGGUGCCGCUCGUCUCGAGAAGAUCACCAGUUUGAGUGGACGACCCCCGGCCAGCGUCCACGGGGAACCCUCACCAUCGCCCAGCCCGCAACCCGAAUUCCUAUCACAACACACAGCACCACCGCCACCAGCGCCAGUCUUUCCGACCACAGCCCCAACCCCGGCCCAAUCCCAAACCCACCCUCCCACCUUCCCCGACCACUCCCAGGCGGAACCCGAACUCGACCCCGAGACCCUCCAAGCCCAACAAGAACUCUUCCGUGCUCUGCUCCGCCAACCGGCGCCCUCGCCCAACCCACAACAGCAACUCCGCGGUCCCGGCGGCGCUGCCGCCCCCAACCCAGCCGGCGACCUGCUCGGCCUCGACGCGCAAGACCCGACGCUCAAGCUGCUCAACUCCCUCAUGGCCUCUAGCUCCGGUGGCGGCGGCAGCGGCAACCCGCUCGAGAACAUCAACCUGGCGGACCUCGGCCUCGGCGACGGCAAGGAGUCGUCCACCGACCUGCUCACCAACCUGGGCCUGCCGCCGUUCCUGGCCAACCUGAUCGGCAACGCCAUGCGCAAGAAGACGGACGCCGAGAAGCGCGAGAUCAUGGUCUGGAAGGUGGUUCAUCUGGUCUUCGCCGCCGUCGCGGGGCUGUACCUGCUCUUCGUGCUGGGGUCGGCCGUGAGCGUGUACGGGCGGGCGCCGCCGGCGCCGGCGACGGCCCGGGAUCCGUUCACGGUGUUCAUGACGGGGGAGGUGGUGUUGACUGGCGCCCGGGCGCUGUUGCGGUCGCGGGAGCAGGGGGGCGGGGUCGGGUUGGGGAUGGGGGUGCAGCUGGUGCGGGAUGUGAUGCGGGACGGGAGCUUGGUGGUGUUUUUAUUUGGGUUGGCGUCGUGGUGGUAUGGAGAGAGAUUGGUCUGAACUACUCGUUUGUGGCAAAAGACGUUCUGGGAUAUAGGCUAGAAUGACUAGAAUUGUGGAUAGUCUGCAUACACGUGUGUGAUCACUUAAAUGGACAGUGAGUAUCGUGCACCCUGGUCGAAUCGAAGCCAUAAGCCAUAUGAGAGCACUACUGCUGCCACAGACCGGUCUUGCGAGUGGCUACUCCCCUAACCACGCUGUCCACCACUACCUAUUAACCGAUAGGUUAGUGUAGCCCAUGUCUCCGAC